AUGGCGCUGGAAGCAUCCAGCAGUUAUGUUGCUCCGAGCAACUUAAUGGAGCAAUCGAGCUCUUCCCUCCCAAUGUUUGACGUUGAACAGGUGCAGUUGGCUUUCUCGGUCGCCGCGGACUUUGUUGCAGCACAGGUCGCCAAUAAUGUCCUUGUGCUGGCAUUGUCGACGAACCGCAUUCUCAGAAUUGAUCUUGACUCCCCAGAAGAUGUCGAAGACAUCGAUCUCCCAAAGAAAUCCUCCGAAGUUGGAGUCAUCAGACGCAUGUUCCUCGAUCCCUCGGCGUCUCAUCUUAUCAUUACCACAACCCUGGGCGAAAACUACUAUCUCCAUGCGCAGUCACCAGCGCGACAACCCAAGCUAUUGUCCCGUUUAAAGAACGUUUCAAUUGAAAGCAUUGCUUGGAACCCUUCUUUGCCUACCGCCUCCACUCGCGAGAUUCUUAUCGGCGCCACCGAUGGAAACGUCUACGAAACCUACAUUGACCCAUCCAGUUACCGACUGGAAAAGUACCAUGCGCCGGUCUUUCAGGUCCCCGGUGCUUCUCCGGUAGUUGGAAUCUCCGUGGAACCGGUGUUAUCUCGGCCCGAUCAGAAAAGGGUGCUUGUAGCGACAUACGGCAAGCUGUUGCAAUUCAUUGGCCGAGCAGCAGUUUCAAAGCAUGGGGGUGGUGGCUCUGUGUACUCUGAGCUAUUCCAGCGCGAGACCCCGUCAAUUCACGAAUUGCAACAGCCGUCUGAAUCUGCGCCAUCCUCACUGGUGGUGUCUCCCCCAACUUCGGGAGGCUCUCAGGUAGACGGGUCUACCCCCAAGGAGUUUGCGUGGCUCAGCUCCGAGGGAAUCUACCAUGGACAGCUCGCAACAGAGUCUCCAUUCAAGACUGCAAGUCUGCUUCCGCGCUCGGUGUUUCCGCCGUCAGAAUCACCACGCGGCGGCCGCAAACUGAUACAGGACCCUAUCUCUGCAAUGACGCUUUCGCAGUGGCACAUCUUGGCUCUUGUCGGAGGCAAGGUGGUUGCUGUCAACCGUCUUAGCCAAGAGAUUGUUCAUAAUCAAUCAGUGUUGGAACCAGGUCAGAGCGCCCUGGGACUGCUAACUGAUCUAACCAAGAACACAUAUUGGCUUUUCACAAGUCAGGCCAUCUAUGAGGUUGUAGCAGGUGAGGAAGACCGGGAUAUUUGGAAGAUCUUCUUGAAAGAGCAGAAUUUUGAUGAUGCUCUUGAAUAUGCCCGAGGCGCUUCCCAACGAGAUGCUGUGAUGACUGCAUGGGGUGACUCAUUGGCAAGCAAAGGUCAUUUUGUUGAGGCAGCCAAGGUAUGGGGCAAGAGCAGCAAAGGCUUCGAGGAAGUCUGCCUUACGAUGAUCGACAAUAAAGAGCAUGAUGCGCUGCGAAAUUACCUCCUCUCCCAGCUGGCAACAUACAAGAAGGCGUCCCUAAUGCAGAGAAUAAUGGUCGCAAGCUGGCUUGUGGAAUUAUUCAUGUCCAAGUUGAACUCUCUUGACGACAAUAUUGCUACCAAAGCCGAGCUUGCGGGGAGCACAAGUACCGGAGAAAUCAAGGACCAGCUUGGUGAUAUCAGAGCUGACUUCCAAGACUUUGUCAACAGCCACAAAGCGGACUUGGACAAGAAGACAGUAUAUGAUAUCAUCAGUAGUCACGGGCGUGAGGAAGAGCUGCUGUUCUUUGCAACUGCCACAAGUGAUCACAACUAUGUUCUGUCAUAUUGGAUCCAACGUGAAAAAUGGCUGGAAGCUUUGAAGGUCCUACAGCGGCAAAGCGAUCCUGAUGUGUUCUACAAGUACAGCAGCGUACUCAUGACACACAAGCCUACCGAUCUAGUCGAUAUCUUGAUGCGGCAGACAAACUUGGAUCCUGAACGCCUCAUACCCGCGUUGCUGAACUAUAACAAAUCUGCCAGCGUCUCUUCACUCAGCCAGAAUCAAGCCGUUCGGUAUCUCAACUUCAUAAUUGUCAACCAUCCCAAUCCAGCAGCAGCAGUCCACAAUACCCUUAUCUCCAUACAUGCCUUCAGCCCCUCAACGUCCGAGGCCGGGCUUCUCACUUAUCUCCAAUCGCAACCUGCCUCGCCUCCUCCAUACGAUGCGGACUUUGCGCUGAGACUUUGCAUUCAAAAUCAAAGAGUUCAGUCCUGCAUCCACAUCUACAGCACGAUGGGCCAAUACCUACAAGCUGUAGCGCUAGCGUUAGAGCAUAACGACAUUGAUCUUGCAGCAAUUGUUGCGGACCGCCCAGAAGGCAAUGACAAGCUUCGCAAGAAGCUUUGGCUUCUCGUCGCGGAGAAGAAGAUCCGCCAACCAGGCACUGGCAUCAAAGACGCCAUUGAGUUCCUGCGUCGCUGUGAGCUCCUCCGUAUCGAGGAUUUGAUUCCCUUCUUUCCUGAUUUCGUUGUUAUCGAUGACUUCAAGGAUGAGAUCUGCACUGCUUUGGAAGACUACUCGCGCCACAUUGAUGCUCUCCGCCAAGAGAUGGAUAAUUCUGCUCUGACAGCUCGUCAAAUCCGCGGCGAGAUCUCUGGCCUUGACACACGUUACGCCAUUGUUGAACCAGGUGAAAAGUGCUGGAUAUGCUCAUUGCCGGUUCUCAGCCGUCAAUUCUUCGUAUUCCCCUGUCAGCAUGCUUUCCACAGCGACUGUCUGGGUAGAGAAGUUUUGGAUGGUGCUGGCGGUAAGAAAAAGUACAUCCGGGAUCUACAGGCACAACUCAGCAAUGGUGAUAUCCCUUCAUCGCGCCGAGAGGAUAUUGUGAAGGAGCUAGAUGGAUUGGUCGCUGAAGCUUGCAUUCUCUGUGGUGACCAUGCCAUCAAGCAAAUUGACAAGCCUUUCAUCACCGAGUCGGAAACUGCCGAGGAUUGGGCUCUUUGA